AGAGAGUUCUUAGGGUUAGGACUGCCCUUGAACUCCCUCUUUCUCCUUCCUUCCCCCUCGCGUUGCCUUUGCUCUUCUUCCUGAACUCGCCGGAGUGUCUGCUUGCAGUACCUCCUCCUUCAGGUAGAAUGGCGAAAUCUAAGAAUCAUACCGCUCACAACCAGUCCUACAAGAACCACAAGAAUGGUAUCAAGAAGGUGAAGAAGCACAAAUAUGCCUCAAGGAAGGGGAUGGACCCCAAGUUCCUAAGGAAUCAGAGGUAUGCGAAGAAGCACAACCGGUCUGGUGCGGCCAGUGAGGUUGAGGAGACGGAAGAGUAAAUUUUAGGUCGGCCUAGUAUGUGGGAGAUACGCUCUUGUUAAGUCCUUUCCACAUGUGGUGAUUGAUUCGAAUUCAGAAUAUUAUUUCGUGUUGAAAGGUUAA